AUGAGUUUUUUACACAGUGAGCACGAGUAUGAACCGGUUGGCGCCGGAAUGUCCCCAAAGAACUCGGGACCAGCCCCGGUGGUCAGAAUUUCGGACACAGACAUCGUCCCGGUUGGUGACAGCGAUGACAGUAUUGAUGUUGGAGGUAGAUUUUCUCCUGGAGUUGGCCUCGUAGGCGACGUGGUCCUUCCUCUUGAUGGACGCAUCGAGGACAACGCUAUGGAGAGCAGAGAACUGGGAAGCGGCGAUCUCUCUGGAGCAGAGGAACCAGAGACCGCUCAGCAGCUCCAGGACAGACUUGAGGAACGGUUCUUCAGCGCGGUGACCCCCGCGACCGAAUCCAGGACCGACGGGGAGAUCAACACGAGCCAGGUGGACUCAUCAGUGAUGGAGGAGUUGCCGUUGCGACGAGGAGCGCGGGGUCUGCCCCAGAAAAUCCGUACUCAAGCUGGAAAACUACGAACCCGCCUGAAAAACAUUAAUCGACGGACUUUCACCCUUCCUAUGCACGACCGAAGACACAAAUCAUCCCCAAAAAUCCGCUCGGACCGGUCAAAGUCCGAUAAAUCUAAAUCCCGAUCAUCCGACAAGUCUUCAACCUUGGAGCGAGCCUCCAAGGCAUCCUCGACAGACAAACGAACCCGAAUAGAGCGAAUACGCGCCUCACUGCCCGACCGUCCAAGAUUUUCGCUGGACAAGUCAAGAUUCUCUCUACCCGACAGACCAAAGUUCAAUUUUUCUCAACGGAAAUUCCACCUGCCAGAGCGUCCGAAAAUAAAUUUACCGAGAAUACCAUCGCGGUCCAGCUUCCGAAUGCCAAGUUUACCUGGACGUCGACGAGCCCCAACUCUAGCUGAGCAGCAGCGCCAGUACAGCAAUGAAUCAAACGCGGGCUCGCGUAAAAACAUUUUCGACUUCUCGACAGUCCCCCGACUGUUUGACAGAAAGUCUAAAGCCCGAGAUUACACGACUUCUUCCCCGAAAGAGUCCCGAGCCUCGUCGUCGGGAGCCACCGAGAGCGCAACUCUUCCACGAGCUAAUAAGCCAAAGGCCUCAUUUGGCAGCAGGUGGACUCAGCGUUUUACCGACAUUAAAUUCGCUGACGACGAUGAGGAUCCUCCAGCUUCAAUCGACCGGGAAAAACCCUGGCAGCAAGCGGCGCUCGAGAAACCCCGGCUCUCGUUACGAGGUCAAGAGUCUCUCGAGGGGUCCGAACCGCCAGCCUGGGAAGAGUCUGAGGAACAUCGUAAAACUCAAGAGUUUUACCGUCGCCAGUUUCGAGUAUCCAGUGCAGAGCGAGAAGAAGAGCCAGAGCUAAAACUAGAAGAGAGAGAGCUAGAGCAAGAAAAAACUAAACAACCUCACCGACACAAGCACCAAGAAGUUAUGCAAAAAAUCAUGAGCCGGGCGGGUAAAAUAUUCCGCGGGGACUCCGAAGACUCGUACGAACCACCACAAAUCGAUCCUCGGCUGUACGGCGACCAGAACAUCGCUCUCGAAGACUCCGGAGGCAGCAAAGAAAGGGAUUUAUAUCGAGUGGCGUUUCAACCCGUGGACCCUCGAGACUACAAAAAAGAACAUGCAAGAGACAGAGAAAAAAUUGAGGCUUCGCUGGAACUCGAUCCGGGGGAACAAGAGGAGGAAGAAAUUGACGAAGAAGAGGAGCUGGAGGAGGAAGAAGAGAUCGAAGUUGAAGAGGAGAUUGAAGAAAAUAUAGAACAGUCUAGUGAACUUGAAGAGGACGUGUCAGCUCGUUCUGAUCGAGAGCAACAGGCUUCGAGUGGAAGCUCCUGUGAUCGUCGUCGUCGUGGAGUUAUUGAAGAAAUAGAUUCUGAUGAAUUUUUCCUACGCGCGAAAGGUAUCAGUCAGGAUGAUAUGCAUGUCGGGAGGUAUUUGACCAGCGAAAUACGCGACGCGCUGAGAACUUCUGAGCAGCUUCCUAAGCCUCCUCAAAGACCACAAAGGACUCGCUCGAUGAGAAAACGUGAAUCUAUUGAGUCUUACGAUGUACCACCCACCAGACCUAAGCGGCGCAGCCAGGAGUCUGAUUUUGACCCCCGAAUUCUUAAUAACGAUGACAGCUUUUCAGAGUCCAGGCAUAGAAUCGUCUACCACGCAGAAUCAGCGCCGUUAGAUUUAAACAAGGAAGAACCGCUGGAUGACAUUGUCGUGGUGAAGCCGAUAAGAAGGAAAUCUCGAACUUCAAGAAGUUCUUCGAGAGUUCCUUCAGAUCCUAUUAAAGAAUUUUCUCCGGAACUACCGAUUCCACCGGCAGUUCCUAAAAGAAGAAAACGGCAUGUCCAUGACAAGGAAAUUCAUUUUCGCGUCAAUGGAAUUGAUUCUUGCAAUGGACACGAUAUGAAUAUCAGUGUUGAUACCGCGGAUGAGGUAAAACCGAGACCCAAGUCGGAACCGAUAAAGCCGUCGAGAGUUCCUAGUCACGAGACAAUCAGUAUCACGUCAAAGGUUGACGAAGAGGAGUACAUUGAACCAGCUCCGAUACCUCCGAAGAGACACUCGCGCUCCAGAACUACCUCGAUCAUUCAAGAUGACGACAGAACCUCUCGAGAAGCCGACUCGAUACCCGAUUUGGGAUACGAUAUCGAGGAAAUGCAGCUUGACGAGGAAAUGCAGCCUCCUGGGUACGCGGUUAUUGAAAAACGCGAGAAACCACCAAGACCACCUCCGCCACGUAAGAGACGCAAAGACAAUUUUGCUACGCUUCCAAGGUCCAAUGGAGCGCCGGUUAGACCAAUCAGAAAUUACAGCACGCUGAGACCAAGAUCCAGGACUCCGUCGGUCGGCUCCAAGACUCCGUUGGAAGAUGAUGUCACUCCGUAUGUAGAAAUUGAGUCAGAUGAAGAGCACAAAAAUCUUCUCAGUGGAGAAGUGAUGAACAAAAUGGCCAGCAGACCUCUGCCAGCUCCUCCACGACCUCCAAGGUCAAAAAAAGAUAAAACCAAGGUGGAAGCAGAGUUUGGAGGUGAUCUGACAGAAGCUUACGCUUCGACACAAACUGACCCGCUGCCAGAUGACAUGGUAAUUGAGGAAGAAAUCACCCAAGCGAAGCUGGUAGUCGCGCCCUCAAGUUCUGGCUCCCAAAUAAUGGUUUCCAUGGAGAGAAUUCCAAGUCCCGCGUACUUUAGAGGCGUAACCGCGAUUUCUCAUGAAAGAAUUCCAAGUCCUCAAGAAUUUUACACAAGGUCAUCCGCUAUUUCCGAGCCCGACAUCAGAGGCUCAAGAAUCACUCCUGAGCGUGAUCCAGAGCCUAGAUCUCUAGAUCGGGUGCCUGAUGUCCCACCUCUACCUCAAGCCAAAGAAGAUAAUGUCUCGUAUUUAAGAAGUAAAAGUCCGUCGGUAACUCGGGAGAUAAUUCCCGAAAGACCCGAAUCGAGGGUUGUAGGCCUAGAGGAGCUAGAAGAAAGAUUGUCAGCUUUUCUCACCAAUGAAACGCUAAAAAUAGCAAGUCUUGAAGUCGCAGACCUCAAAGUCGACCGACUGAGUGUCUCGAGUCUCGAGGCACACAAAAUAGCGGCUUCGGAAAUAGACGCGGUGGUAGUUUCCGCGACAGAAAUUGCUAACGCCAGUGAAGAAGACCACACGAUGCAUCCGUCUUUGCUUGAAGAAUUAAUUGCCAUCAAAGCUCAGCUGGAGAUGGUGUCCAACCAGGUCCAGGAGAGCCACGAGAAGGACAAAGAGCCCCAUUCCGAUUUCUCCCGAACAGAAUCGACACUCAAGGAUUUUAAAUUUACAAUUGACUCCGGAGUUGAAGCUGAUCAUCUACAGCUGGACUCGGUGAGCAAAACCACAGAAGCUCGCGCGAUUUUUUCAACUCAAGGAGUAGAACGACCUCCUAGUCCGGUAUCUUCCAGUGAGUCCAAGCCUAAGGAACCCGAGAAACCAAAACGGGCUAAAGAUUUAGAGAAAAUUAGAGAGAAAGAAAAAGAAAAGGAAAUAGAAAUAGAAAGAUCGGGUUCAAACUCACCGGUUAGAACGUGCGUAAGACAGACCGCUUCUCCGGUUCGUUCAUUACCUCCGGUUAUUUCGGUAACUCCGGACAGCCCCGACGUCCUCCACCCGUUGCUGGAGUCCUCGGAGACGAGGCCCCAGCGUGCAAUGAUAUCUUACUCGGAAAUCGAGCCCGAGCGUCCUUCGCGUCCGUCAACGCCCUUGACUCAGUCUCGUCCGUCAUCACCGCAGCAGCAACAGUUUAUAGCAUUUACGUCGUCCCAAAUUCCCCCGCAGUUCUUCGCUCUGGCAUCACCGAGCGUCGACGAGCCCAGCAUCCUUGACAUGACCAACCAGUUGGUUCGUGCGCUCAGACAAGCGGGCAAGCGCGCGAUGAGACACUUUGUCAACUACAUGGUCUCGAGGGUCAGCCGCGAGGAGUCUGAGGCCAAGAUCAGAGAAAUAGAGCUCGCGAUCUGCGCCCUCUUGCUCAUUAUCGCCGGACUUAUAAUAGUCUGCUUCGCAGGUCCUCGCACCGUCAACCACCAUCAUCACUGGGAUUACUUUAAUCCUCCGCGAAUCUAA